ACCACAUAAAUUAGAAUAACCGCGUCAGAAAACUGUGUGACCUCACCUCGCAGAGUUGACACAUACCCGGAUGUUCAGCAUCAGCAGAGAAUGCUAUACAGCCUCCUUGAAAAUAGGUCACACACACACAAAGGCGUGCCGUUUGCAUAAGCGAUACCAUUUAUGUAAAGUUCAAAAACACGAAAAGAUAAGUAUGUUGUUAGGGAUACAUGCCGUGGUGUCCUGGAGCUGGCUUGUACCAGCUUGGGAGAAAUUGGCAAAUGCUACAAAUCAGGGCUAUUUUUUUCUUUCUGGUGAGCUAGUUGUUAAAUACCUACCAGUACACCGCUGGAUGUGUGCACCAUAGUAAAACAAUAAAGAAAAGCAAGAGGAGAAUAAACAGUUAGGGAGGGGCACACAGAGGCAACAUUCCUUCAAUAAGGAAUGUUCUAAUGCUGUUCUUUUGUGCAUAUAAGCUAUUUCAUGGGGGAAGAAACCAAGUAGGAGUUAGUUUGGUUGAAGCCAGCGUCGGUGGUGGGUGUGGUGGGACGGGUGAGGUGGCAGCUUAGGUGAAUGUGAGAGAGAGGAGGGUUAGUCUGAGCAGUGCAAGUGCUGUAGUGUAUUAACUCUGGGCAUUGUGCAGUGUGGUCUUGGCAGGGUAGAGACGAAGCAAGCAGGACAGUGAGGAUGUUGUAGUGGCCUUGCUGAAAGAUGAAAGCCAAAGCAAGACCAUGGUGGAGGAGGACGAGCAGAAGAAGGGCUUGAGAGGCAUCUAGGAGGUACAAUGGACUGAACUUGGUGACUGACUGGAUGUGGGAUGUAAGUGGAUGACAGGGCGCUGCUGCCCGCAAGGAGGUGGCGCAGAGCUCCCCACUCUUUGAGGUGGGCUGCAAAAUGACUUCCUUCCAAAGAGUACAAUCCAGAAAGGGGGAAACGAAAGUCCCUUUACAGUGGAGAACGCUGACCAACACGACUGCAGCAGGCUCAAGGCCAGCAUCACCAGGGAAAAGUCACGUUGAUGGAAGGACUACAACUCCCAGAGUGCCCCUGUGUGGUUGUCAGGAGCAACCAAGGAAUGCAGACCAACAGCCCUGCCGGAGCCAGGACUAGCCACUGACUGACUGCCAGCCAGCCAUGGGCCAGGAUUAUUACGCUCUACUCCACAUCACUAGAAAUGCAGAGGAUGCCCAGAUCAAGAAGGCGUACCGGAAACUUGCCCUUAAGAACCACCCAUUGAAUUCCAUUGGACCAUCCUCAGUAGAAACGUUCAGGCAAAUAGCAGAGGCCUACGAUGUGCUGAGCGACCCUGUGAAGAGAAGCAUCUAUGACAAGUUCGGAGAAGAGGGCCUGAAGGGCGGGAUUCCUCUGGAGUUUGGAUCCCAGACCCCAUGGACAACUGGUUACGUCUUCCAUGGCAACCCCGAAAAGGUUUUCCAUGAGUUCUUCGGAGGAGACAACCCCUUUAGUGAGUUUUUUGAUGAAGAAGGAAAUGAGACAGAUUUGAACUUUGGGGGGCUCCGGGGCCGAGGGGUUAAGAAACAGGAUGCCCCAAUCGAACGAGACCUCUACCUAUCCCUGGAGGACUUAUUCUUCGGCUGCACCAAGAAAAUUAAGAUCUCCCGAAGGGUGCUGAACGAGGAUGGCUACUCCUCUACCAUCAAGGACAAGAUCCUCACCAUUGACGUGAAGCCUGGCUGGAGGCAGGGCACACGCAUCACCUUCGAGAAGGAAGGGGACCAGGGCCCCAACAUCAUCCCAGCCGACAUCAUCUUCAUCGUAAAGGAGAAGCUACACCCUCGUUUCCGCAGGGAGAAUGACAACCUCUUUUUUGUGAAGCCCAUCCCCUUGGGAAAGGCUCUGACCUGUUGCACCGUGGAAGUGAAGACCCUAGAUGACCGUCUGCUCAACAUUCCCAUCAAUGACAUCAUCCAUCCCAAGUACUUCAAGAAGGUGCCAGGUGAGGGGAUGCCAUUGCCUGAGGACCCCACCAAGAAGGGGGACCUCUUCAUUUUCUUCGACAUCCAGUUCCCCACCCGCCUCACACCCCAGAAGAAGCAGAUGCUGCGCCAGGCAUUGCUGACAUAACCCUGGUGGGCUGGGGGCAGGAACAGAAGGGGAAGGCUAGCUGAGCCUCACGCCACUCCUACCCCCACGGCCUCAGGGUGUGCAAGGGAGCCAGCCCCCUGUGCCUACAUGACGGGAGGCUGGGAUGCCACGGGACUUUUUAAACUGACGCAAUAAAGAUUUAUUUCCUGUCCUCCAGCUACACCCAGGAGAGUGUGUGUGGGAGGCAGAGGAGCAUCAUGUAGCCCUUCUGUGGAGCAGAGGGAAGGGCAGGGCCCAAGUAGCCAAGGACUUGGGUCCCUGUCCUGGCUUUGUGGGCAUAGCCGGGUCCCUGAGGGUUCAGAGCCUCUGUGCUCCCACUGUGACAGCAUGGGGCAGUGCUGUGUAGCCUCUGAGGGUCCCCAGCUCUGCUGAUUUCUCAUAACACACGAUCUUUACAAGGGGCUGUCUCUAGUGUGAUAUGGUGACACUGUACUCAGGAAAACUGAAGCAGAGAAGAAAAUACUUGUCCCAGGCCUCACACGGCUCAGUGGCAAAACUGUCAUCAGAACCUCGAGGGUCGCUUCCCACAAACUCACCCAGCUUAGAUUAGAGGCAGCACAAAGGACACACAUGCUGGAAUGGCUUUGGUUUCUCCCUCGCCAGCCUUAAGUCCCUUGUCUGUGCGGUGGGUCCUGGGCUGCCUCUAGGCAGACCUGGGUUCUGCUCCCGGCCCCGCCCCUCACCCCUUAGGCGUUACGGGGUCCCUGUCUUAUCCGUAAAGCAGAGCUCAUACCCUGCCUCAGGGUGCUUGUGAGGAUUAAGUCAUUGGUGUGAAAGUGCUUGGUGAACUUGCUUAGAUUUCAGGGUGACAGCAUUGCUGCCACUGUGGCCUGUGGGAGUCCCUGCCUCUAGGCCCAGCUGGGCCUGUGCAGACCACAUCUGCCUCCUGUUGCCCACCAUCAGCCAACAACGGUGCGUCAGGCACCUCUCCUGUGCCAGGGGAGACUCCCCACAUUUGAGUCUAGGUUUGGGCUGUGAUAGGUCCAAGCUUGACAGGAGGUGGCCACUUUUGUGGAGUGACUUCAGAGGUGCCAGAAAAGGCCCCCAUAUUGUCCAUAUUGCUUGGAUUCCACCAUUCAAAGCACCAUAUUAGCUUAAGGUUUUCUUCCUAAAUGGGGACUCAGUAGCACUAAUCAGUCAUUUUAAACCAUCAGGGAGAAGGCAGCAGCAGAAUUUGAGGUAGAAUCUGGACCAUGGUUCUAGGAAGCAUCUCCAUAGUCAUUAAACAAUGUAGGCUUUGGAGUUAGAUACACCUCAGGUAUGCUACUUACCAGCUGUGUGCCCUUGGGCAAGUCGCUUCACCUCUCUGAGCCUCAGUUUUUUACAGCAAAGACUACAACUCCUAUCUUGCAGGCCUUGUGGAAACCAGAGGAGUGAAGCAAACUCUGCCCUCUAAGGCAGAACCCAGGUUGAGAGGGGUGGUGGUAGCUGCCCUGCUCAGAGAGCAAGCAAGUGGGUGAGGGAGUGUGGGGCCUGGGUUGUGACUCUUGGUCUCCUCUGGGCCAGCAGGAGUCUGCUCCUAACCUGCCUCAUGGUGAAGCUCUGAAGGAAGCCUGACGAGACCUUUAUGAAGAUUACCUCUGUGAUCCUCAGUGCUACCUUGAGUCAGGCAAAGCAGGGCUUACCAGAGGCUCAUUUCAUAGGCACUAAGGGUUGAGGACCAGUGACUGAGUCAGGCCUACCAGUACACUGCCGUGGUUCCUACCACUGUUCCCAGCUCCUCAUUGUCCCAGGAUCAUGCUCAGAACCAGGAUGAAGCCUGGUGGCCUAUGUCCAGUCCAGUGUCUGGGACACAAGGCUGGUGAAUGAACCAGCUGACAGACAUGCCUAGGGCAACAAACUGCACCUGUUUCCUCUGGUGCAAAACAGUAACAGCCUGCCCCACAGGAUUAAUGUGAGAAUUAAGGUGUGUUGACCAGCACCUCCACUUAUGCUGACUCCCUGUAGCCCAGCAGAGAAGAGCCUGGCUGGGCUGCCUGCCACCUUCAACCAGGUUCAACUCAUGGCACCCAACCCUGUCCCUCUUGGAGACUACGAGGCUUCAGCUCAGCCUGUCAGAAGAAGGAAGUAAGGUGACAAAUCCUGGGCCCUCCUUCCUUCUCCAGGCCUCCUUGCCCAAGCACUGAAGGGCCUAGCCUCCAGGAAUGACCAGCAGGGAAGGAGCAGCAGCAUGAGCUGCUUUAGGCUGUGGGAAGUGGGAGGUCAUUAUUUUCUGGGCCUGGCUCCACAGCUGCCCAACAGGAUUCUGGUAGGACCCCAGCACUGGCCCCUGGGGGACGAGUCCACAGGGUGGGGGAGGAGUCUGAGUCAGGGUCCCAGUUCAGCUGCCGUCUUCCUGUGUCCUUGCCUGCGUGACCUGUCGCAGCCCUCAGCUUCUGCAGACAUCUAUAAAAUGGUCCUGGGUGACUUAAUUCUGAGGGCCCAGCCUUGCAGGAGAGGCCUCGGGUAUUCCGGGACCUCAGAGUCCCCUAACGCUUGAAACAGAAGUAGCCCUGCCUACCUGCUUUACUGCCGCUGAGGACAGGCAGGCAGGAAGGCUGACAUCCCUGUGCAGGCUAAGCCAUGGCUUGUCACCAUCUCCUUGGGAUCUCUAGCCCAGGGAGAGGGUGAGACUCAAAGUGGAAAGUAUCCUCAGGCUGCAGCCAAUGUUUGCCCUGCAGCCCGCUCCACCCAGUGCAGGUGCACCCAGGCCCCCUCCUGAGGGUGUGACUCUGGAGGAUGGGAAGCAGCCUGACUUGUCCCCACUGAGUCCGGGACUUUGGGGAGGUUCGUUUCCCAUUUGUAAAACGGGAUAAAAUAAGCCCACAGCACCUAAGAUUCCGAAGUUCCUCUAAAUCUUCCAGGAAGCACAGGAAAUGCAGGGCAGAUGGGAACACUUUCACUUUGCAGAUAAACAGGCCUGGGGCCAGCUGGGAGGUUGGAAAGGUUGGUGCUGGAGCACCAGGCACUGAGUGAGGGAAAGCUCAAGUGGCCUGGCAGGGGAAGGGGAGGCGAGGCCACUGCUGUGACUGUGGGAUGCUCCUUCACUUGCCACCUCAGCCCCAGGCCUGGUCUGGAAAGCAAAAUGGACUAGAUGACCUCCAUGGGUCCCAGG